GUGAAGACGAUGCGUCGUUCGUGUCUAAUAAAACAUUCUCCGGGGUGCGGAUGACAGGGAGAGCGAGCUUUUUUUUGUCGCCGUAGCCCCCUCUCUCUGCCGCCCGUAAUUCUGGUUUCUGCCCUGAGAUUUUCGAGGAAGAACAGCGAUACUAACAAUUGAAGAAGAUUAAGAAGAAGAGGGAUUUUGAAGGGGGAGAGUUUGCGAGAGAAAGAAGAUGAAGACCACCAAAGGAGGUAAGGUGAUGAACCCUACCGAUGCUUACCGCAAGGAGCUUCGCAAGAAGGAAUUGAAACGGAAUAAGAAAGAAAGAAAAAAGGUAAGGGAGGUGGGAAUUUUGAAGAAAGAUCCUGAUGCAAUCAAGGAGCAAAUUCAAAAGUUGGAAAUGAUGAAGGCUGAUGGUGCCCUCGAUAAAGCUAGAAAGCACAAGAAAAGACAGUUAGAGGAUACUCUUAAUCUUGUAUUGAAGAAGAGGAGGGAAUAUGAAGACAAGAUGAAGGAAAAGGGUGAGGUCCCAGUUAUGUUCAGUCAUUUGGGACCUCCAAGAAGACGAACUGAAGAGGAAGAAGACAGAGCAAAACAUCCAAAUCCUGAAGACUCUGUUUACCAUCACCCCACGCUGAAUCCCACUGGAGCUCCGCCACCUGGGAAGCCUCCAAUGUUUAAAUCAUCAAUUGGACCAAGAGUUCCUCUAUCCGAUGCUUCUACAAGUGGUGCUGCAUCAUCCUCAAACAUGGAAUCAGAGGAUGUUCCCUUGUCUGUACCUCCACCUCCCCCACCCCCUCCUUUGCCAGAUUCUGCUAAAAUGGGUUCUGCUGAUGGUCCUGCUCUACCUGAUUCUCUACCUCUACCUCCUCCACCUCCAUUGCCACCAAAGCCUGUAGCAUCAAACUUGGGUUUACCACCAUUGCCGCCACCACCUCCUGGUCCUCCACCAAGGGAACAAGUUGCAGGUCGCCCUCCCUUUUUGCUGCCUCCAUCUUUGCAGCAUUCUACCAUGAUGCACCCUCCUGGAACCAGUGAAGUUGAAAAAGAGAGAGGUCAGCCUGCAUUUUUGGAUGAUUCAACCUCCAAAGUGUCAGCUCAGGUACCUACUACUCUCCCGCCACCUCCUCCUCCACCUGGGAUGCCACCAAAGCCAGCAAGUGAUCAGACUGAAGGUGCAUCAGGUGACGAGGAGACAAAUAAUUCUUCAGUAACCAAAGACGUUUCUAAAAUGGUUCCCCCACCUCCACCUCCAAGACCUUCUCCAUUAGGUGGGCCCUCAUUGAUACCAACCUUACAGCCUGAUGUAUUACCCCCUGGAAUAUCUCGAUUUCCCCCACCUCCACCUCCACCAGAUAUGCGGCCAACAUUAUCUGCACCCGGACUCCCACUCCCACCUGGAAUGAUGGUCCCAAUAAUGACAAGGCCACCAUUUGGCCCUCCCCUUGGACCGCCGCCCAUGAUGAGACCACCUCUUCCUCCUGGCCCUCCCCCCAUCUUUCACGAAGAUGACUAUAAUGCAUACAUGCCACCUGUCCCUCAAAAGCCCUCGUAUGUUAAAUCUGCUGCAUCUACUGUUGUUAAGCGUCCACUAGCUCAGCACACUCCAGAACUUACAGCAAUGGUUCCUGCAUCAGUUAGAGUGAGAAGAGAGAUUGCGGUCCCGAAAGCAAAGGCGAAGCCUUCUCCAUCAACUGCAGCAGCACCGUCCCUGCCUGCAGCUCCUAUUGUUGGGAAGCCGGAGUUGGUUAGCUCAUCAUCAGCCCCAAAGAAACAGAGUAUCGACGACUCGUACAUGGCAUUUUUGGAGGACAUGAAAGCCCUUGGUGCGCUUGAUGGCUGAGAUGUCGAAUUGGUUUAUAUGGGAAAUGGAGGCAGCAAGUGUAAUCAAAAGGGAGGAGAAGCAAGUGGCUUGUACUUCUCUAGACUGAAGACAGAUUUGGGGACCACCAUUGCUUUCUGUCUUCAAGGUUUCUUUGCUGCAUCAAAGGGUAGCAUACCUGCAUCAGUGCACUGCUGCAUUUCUUGGUAGGGGCAUUAACUUAGGCCUUAUAUUGUGUCAUGUAGACAUUUUUAUACUUUGGAAAAGUUGGAAAUUGUUAAUCAGAUUUUAUUUCAAAUCGACAUCGAGCUGAUCUUACACCAUUAAUUGUCAUCAAUAUGAGAAUAGCUUAAUGGAUAAGGAGUUGAAGGUUCAAUCA